UCCCGGUGAGGCUCGCGCUCGAGCUGCGGCGCCGGCUCCCGCCGCCUGGGCCCCGGGCCCGGCCCCUCCCGCGCCGCCCGGGCGAUGAGAAGCUGCUUCUGCGUGAGACGGAGCCGGGACCCGCCGCCGCCGCAGCCGCCGCCGCCGCCGCCCCAGCGGGGAACAGACCAGUCCACCAUGCCUGAAGUCAAAGACCUCUCAGAAGCCUUGCCAGAAACGUCAAUGGAUCCCAUCACGGGAGUCGGGGUGGUGGCUUCUCGGAACCGAGCCCCGACAGGCUAUGAUGUAGUUGCACAGACAGCAGAUGGUGUGGAUGCCGACCUCUGGAAAGAUGGCUUAUUUAAAUCCAAGGUUACCAGAUACCUGUGUUUCACAAGAUCAUUUUCCAAAGAAAAUAGUCAUCUGGGGAACGUGUUAGUAGAUAUGAAGCUCAUUGACAUCAAGGACACACUGCCUGUGGGCUUCAUCCCAAUUCAGGAGACGGUGGACACACAGGAAGUGGCUUUUAGGAAGAAGAGGCUGUGCAUUAAGUUUAUUCCACGGGAUUCAACAGAAGCUGCAAUUUGUGACAUUCGGAUCAUGGGCCGGACCAAGCAGGCCCCGCCUCAGUACACAUUUAUUGGGGAACUGAACAGCAUGGGGAUCUGGUAUCGAAUGGGCAGAGUACCAAGAAAUCAUGACUCAUCUCAACCCACAACGCCUUCCCAGUCAUCAGCUGCUUCCACCCCAGCCCCCAACCUUCCCAGGCACAUCUCCCUAACGCUUCCUGCCACCUUCCGAGGCAGGAACAGCACCCGGACGGACUACGAGUACCAGCACUCCAAUUUGUAUGCCAUAUCAGCAAUGGAUGGUGUGCCUUUCAUGAUUUCAGAGAAGUUUUCUUGUGUUCCAGAAAGUAUGCAGCCCUUUGAUCUCCUGGGAAUCACCAUCAAAUCUCUAGCAGAAAUUGAAAAAGAGUACGAGUACAGCUUCCGCACGGAGCAGAGCGCAGCCGCCAGGCUCCCGCCCAGCCCUACCAGGUGUCAGCAGAUCCCACAGUCCUGAGGCGCCAGCGGCCACCUGCGGGAGAAGACCACCGCCCAGACUACUGACGGGCCGGGGCUGCGGGCCGCCCCACUCGCCACCCUCGCCCCUCCCGCCGCCUUCGCCAGCCCACCCUCCCAUGCUGCCCCAGCAGGGCUGGCCAGGAGACUGGGCAGCUGAGUGGGCAUGUCCCAUUCCUCAGCUUGCCUGACCAACACCCCAGCCUCCCUGGGGACGUUGUUUAUAACCACGACUAAUCUGUGUGUGCUGUAGUGACCAGCGGCUCCUAACGUGUCUGUGUGAUGACCACUUGUCCUACAAAAACCUCACUCACCGGAGUCACCCUGAGGGCCCCGGGCAGUUGUGCCGGCCGCCCUGUGAUGCCCAUCGGCUCCCUCCUCUCCCGCCUGUCACCUCCCAGGACAGACCCCACUGAGCCAGCUGUUGAGCCCCUUGGCCGGAAGACCCUGGGGGCUGGCAGCUUUGCCCAGGACUCUCCGGGGCUCGCUGAUCCUCCCGGCCGGGCUGCCAGGAGCAGGUCGUCUGCAGGAUCUCACAGCAGCCCUGACAAGGUGUGGGAGGAAGAAGCCAGGGGCCGGGAGUGGAGCCUGCCCUUCAGACAUCUCAUGGACAUGUUGCCCAUUCACCUGGAGGUCGGGGAGCAGCACCCCUGCCCCCGGCGGAGGGGUUGUCACUUUCUGGGGAGGAGGCCGGUUGACGGCCCUGCUUGGAUCCACCACCAGGACGCGGUGCUCAGCCACAGCGCGCCUCCCCCAAGGGCUCAUCUGUGCAACAACCACAUUCCAGCCACAGCUCCAGGUGCCUCAGCCCCGUGCCCAGACCCAGGGACCACAGGGAUGCCUCUGAGACGUGCAUCCUGGAAGGAUGCUGGCAUGCGGGCACCCACCCCCUUCCGGAGCCAGGUGUCUUGACGGCAUCUGCUAACAGGAACAGGUCAUUCUGAAAGGUCCCUCCGACCCAGGUCACCAAAUUUGGGCCAAAACUGGCAUUUCUCCUGAGUGCCCACUGGUGCUGGUGUCCUCACAGGGCCGGUGCCAACUUCAACCCUAGGUGCAUUUGCCCAAGCAGUGGUGGCUGUCGUCCCUGGGGGCCCGGACCCUCGCCCUGAAGGGCUGCCUCACUCUGCGGUGUCAGGCAUAGGGCUGUGUCCUGAUUCCUCAGAGUAUGGGGACCUGACAUCUUUGGGUCCCCAAGAGUUGGCUCUUAGACGUGGGGGCUUGGUGCUGUGGUUGGGGGCUGCAGUAUCAGGGUCUGUAGAAGCCACUGCCUCAGCAAGGACAGCCUCUCCCAUUGCAGGCCCUGGGUAGCCCACCGUGAUGCCAGCUGAGGCCCAGAGGAACAGGAGGUAGCACCGGACAGCACAGCUGGCCAAGAGGCGGUGGGGCCGGAAUACCUCAUGCCCCUGCACCAGCCCCUCCGUCUCCAGGCCCCCGGCCCCUGUGUGGGCCCAUCUUCCUCCUCUGCCACCCCCAUCUUCACUCGGAUACCUCUUGAUUUCUGUGGAUUAGGGAAGGCAGCCACUUCUCAACCUCCUCAAGACCCGAGGAUGCCCCUUCUGGGGGUGGCCUUCUCAGGCCUCCUGGGUGGCAAGCAGCAGGACACUGAUGCUGAGUAGGGAGGGAGCUGCUGGGCCGGCCGCCACUGCCCCAUUCACAGAAGCCGGUGUGGUUCUGGGGACCUGGAGAGCCCUUUGGCGCCCAGAGUACCUGUGUCUGCUGUGGCCUCGCGGGUGGUGGCCCGUGUGACAAAGCCCAACAGCAAUGGUUACUCGUGGCAGGAGGACAGAGGGCAGAGCUCUGGCCACCCCUGCCCACUUCAUUAGGGUUUGUGAGCUUUGUCCUUCAACCUCUUUUUCUGCCCUGGUUGUGAGAUUGCCUCUAACAGGUAAUGCCAGAGCCCUUCACUCCGCUCCCAUGACUGGGAAGAGGCCUGUGGCAGCUCUGCUGGACCCUUGGAGGCUCAGAGGCAGUGGUGUGGGAGCCCCAUCUGCAAGGAUGCAGAAUGAGCCUUGAGGGCGGCUGCAGGAGAGGAAGGGGCUCCCACAGCCCCACUGACGCCCCGCAGGCCCCUGUCGAGCUGGGGCCCCGGCAAGGUGCCCCCACAUGCCCUCCUGCUGGAUGGACAGGGCCACCCAGAAGGAGCACAAACCACAUGGAUUCAGGCGAGCCGGAGCCAUCUUCUCCAUAGUAUUACGGACUUUGCGUAAGAGUAAAUGACUGUGAACAUUGUAGUAAAUGGCAGCUUAAGAUAAUUAAGCGGUGACCGUGUUAAGGACGAGUUGGUGUCUGUGGUAGGUUUUAGGCUGCUCCUAACCCUCUAUUUCUUGCCUUCUGAGAGGCGAUUGAGGACAAGCGUAUGCGCGUGUGUGUGUGUGUGUGUGUGUGUGUGUGUGUGUGUGUGUGUAGUAAUCUCAACUGAGUGGGGCUUAUUCAAGAGAAUGAGGCGUGGAGCUCUGGCUCAAACAGGAAUGACGAGUUUUUGUCUUUUGGGAGAGUGCUUUUCUCCACAAGCCCUCUGGCCACUGUAGGAAGCAAGAACAAGCGUUCCCUUGGAAAUGUGAAGGGUCCUGGCCUCGUCCCUCAGGCCCCUCCCACAGCACUUCCCACUACUCUGCUGUCCCUGCUGGCAGCCUCUGUCCCUCCAGAACAGCCAACCAGAGCACACUGUCCCCACCAGCCUCCCCUUUCUCUCUGGAAAGUUGAAGUAUCUUUCCAAAGGCCUUAGAAAUGGCACAAAGGUGACAAGGAGUGGCUGCUUUGCUGCAGGCUCCCUUGCAAAUUUAUAACGAAGGCCUUUCUUCCCACCCAAGUCCAAAAACAGAUGCCAGCCACGCCCUCCACCACUUGGAGAGAUGAGACCCAGUGGGGUAACGGAGAGGAAUGCAGGUUAGACCCUUGCUGGCCCUCCGGCCCCUGUUAUCUGGUGGCCACCCUCAUCUUGCAGGGAGGACGCUGCGCUGGCUAGCAUCCGCUCUGCCAUUCAGCAGGUGGGUGGGAGGACACGAGGGACUCACCUGCGUGAGCGUCGCUCCUGGCCAGGCUCUCCAAGCACAUUUCUCCUUUCAUUCCCCCUAAAAACAGAGUGACCUUGAAGUAGAUGUUCUUUGCUCCUUGUUAGAGUUGAAGAGGCCGAGGCUCGACCGUGGGACCAGGCCGCUAAGACGCAAGUGUAGGCCCCCGGCCCCCCGCCAGCUGUACCGUCCCAAGCCCAGGCCAGGGCUGCCCUUUCUGACUCCAGCCCUGUCGCGGACUUCCCUGGCCACCACUGGGCCCUGCUGGUCACCAGGCCACUGUGCAGUGGGCGCUGAGCACCGUCAGGAGUGGCCCACCCGGACCCCUCCACCCAGACCAGGGUCCUCCAGAGCCUGCAGGCAUCUGUGGGGACUCCCAGCCUGCAGCUUCCGGGAGAACUGGGUGGGCCCGAGGAUGAAGGCGAAGGGGGGCCUUGAGGAAGAAGCCCCAGACCUUGCAGCAGCCGAGCUCAUGAACUCGGUUCAUGGCCUGCCUUGCCCCCAGAGGCCACGCCAGGCACUCACCCCUGAGCCCACAGCCCCUGCUUGGGCUGCCUGGUGCCCUCAGGGCAGCCUGGCCUCCUCCAGCCACUCUGAGCACAUGUCUGGGGGUCACCACCAGAGACGGGCUUUGUUCCCUCAGCCCAGGCCGUGGAGCUGCAGUGUGACUGUGUCGGGCGUGGACAAGGCCUUAGGGAUGGCGUCCCGCUCCGUAUUUAUUCAAGGUGACUCCUGUACUUGGCAAGGGAAGUCCACUGUGUGAUUGUCUGUAUUCUUAAUAUAAUUUGUUAAAUAAACAUUUGUUCUAACCUCUU